GGAAGGGAUACUGCAUUGGAAAAACGAGCCCUUUCGAAGUUAUAGUCAGCUUACUUUAUGUGAAAUACAAUAUAAAAGUCGCCUUACUGGCUGCUGAAUUUACCGACCAUAUUUCAAUCAAAUUAUGUGCAAGCGAACUUUAGCGAUCAGCAGUGUCACGUCAGAAUGCUAUACGGAAAACAAGGUCAAGGAGACGUCGAUUUUUACAGUUACCAACUCUUUUCUUUUCUGUACAAGAUUCAACUAAAAUUUUGAACCUCAAGACCGCCAGUACACAAGGUCUUCUGAAAUACCCUGAGCAAAAAUACAUCAGAUACAGACUCUGGCCAGGUGUGGCAGCAGAUGACCUCAUCACCCGACCUUUGCUCUUUGUAACCUUUCACCUUUGACCCUCUGAGUGACCCCCACCCACACCAUGAAGCUUGAGAAGUCGCCCAGCUCAGCGAGCUUAACGAAUGGUGAUGCCGCAGACAAGCCCAGUACAUACCACUCUUGGUUGCACAGUAGAGGGGUGUUGUUCUCUUACGUCGUUGGUGUGUAUGGCAUGCACCUGUUCCUCCUCAGUCUGCCUUUCUUAAGUGUGAGCACAGUAUGGACAUUGACAACUGUGGUACACAGUGUGGUGACAUACUUCUUUUUUCACCAUGUGAAAGGGUCCAUCUGGGCAGACAGUCAAGGCAGUGAGAGAUACCAAACACAAUGGGAACAGAUAGACAAUGGAGAGCAGUUCACAUCAACACGAAAACUCCUCACCUUAGUUCCUGUAGUCUUAUUCUUCCUGGCGAGUUUUUACACAAAGUACGGCUACUACCAUUUCCUGGUGAACUGUGCCGCCCUCCUCCUUGGAGUCGUCCCCAAGCUUCCCAUGUUUCAUGGUUUUAGACUCUUUGGCAUCAACAAGUACUGACACCCUUCAUCCUACUUGUGUAUGGGCUACGGUAUCUUCGAGAGAGCAAAGUGUUAAUGAAAAUACUUAACAGUGGUGAACUCGGGCCAUAAAAGGCUAUUUGUAUGAUAAAUGGCGGUAAAAUCAAGAAGAGCAGAUCAGUGAAAGUUGAGAAAAAUACCGGCCUGUGAUUUUGAUAUUUUUUUACGAGGAGGCCACUUUCCAUAGGGCAAAUUUAUAGCAAAAAUGGGUAAAAGGAAAAAAGGGAACAAUAAAUCUCUUAGGUCAAUGAGAUUGCAUCAAGAUCAACAAGGCAUCCAUAUCCAUUGACUUUAUUGAUCUUGGAUUAAUUUAAGCCCUUACAAUAUGAAAAAAAAAUGAAAAUCCAUAUUUUGUUUGAAAUGGAAUCUGCAAAUAGAAAUACCCCUUAAAUUCAUUUUGCCCAAUUGAUCGUGGGCCCAGCAGCCACUGUACAGCACCAGAUCGACAUAACUCUAUCCCUUGAAUUGUUGAAUGCCAAACAGGGUAGCAGCAACUCCCAUCUUUUAACGUCUUUUGAUCUGACGCGGCCGGGGCUUGAACUCCCUACCUCCCUGUUGUGAGACGAACGCUCUACCAACUGAGCCAACACACCAGUUGGACAAUUAUUAAAGAUGUUGGAUGAUAAAAUAAAAUGAAGGUGUUGUUAUCACCGGGCAAGCCAGUGGAAUUUAAACCCGAGAAAAAGGUUCAAAUCCUAUAAUAGAGCAAACAUCCUUUGCAAGGAAAAAUUACAUGGGAGAGGGGGGGGGGGGCUUGGGUUGAAAUUGCCUAAGAAUUUCCCCAAAAGCCCUGGAAAACUAAGAAAAAACGGAACCCCUGAAAUUUGCAUGACAAAUAAUAUAGCAAAUUUGUGCUGGUGAGUUGAAAAAGAAAUAAAAAAGGUGCCCUUAAUAUUUCUGUUUUCCUCUGAUCCUUUUGCAAUACAUUUAUCAACAUUUUCCUCUCCACCUCUGUGUUGAAUGGAUAUGUAGUGAUGGAUGGAAACACUGUUACUUUUAUUAAUAAACCUCUCAAAUAUUUCACACCUUUCUGGUUUCCAAAGAUUUACAACUUUGUUAUUUGUCAAAAUUGCUCAAUAUACAUGAACAUACUCAACUUUCACUGAAAGGUUUCUUUGAUUCUUCUGCUCUGAUACAAAUCAACUUAUUUUGACUGAAAUUGCCUUUCGAGUGGCAUUCCAACUGAAGAGGGCGCUUUUGAUGUUGGCAGAAAUAUUGAGGAGGAUCAUGAACUUAUUAAACGACUAUCUUUCCACAGCCUUUCACUAAAAUAACUGUUAUUUGUCUGCUUCAGGUGAUAAUAGAUCUCAGACAUUGCUGAUUAUAUGUAGUGUGAAUGGACCGCCUGUGAAACUCGCCCGACAGUAUUUUAAUGGAUCUGAAUUGAAGCUUCAUUUAGACUGGAAACAAAAGCUGAUGAAAUUCAACCAUUGAUGAUGGAGUUGUCGCUCGUGGAUACAUCAAACCUUUGAAAUAAAUUUGUACAGUGUGAAAUGUAUAAAAAGAGAAAGAAACAAAAACUGUGUCAGAGAAACUUAAGUAUAUAUCCAUUAUUAGUUGCAGGGUGGUUAGAAACCACCUAUUAGUUCUAUAAAUGAUUGCAUAUAAUGCUGUGGUUUCAGGGGAUUCAUAUAUAUUUUUUUAUCAUAAAGAUGAAUUAUUGUGUGCUAGAUUACUCUAGAUUGAUAUUAGUUUGUUCUAAAUUCUAUCACAGUUGGCUUGAUUUAAUUAUCAUUGUACCUUGCUCUAAGAUACUUGUAUAUCAGAAGUAUAAUUAAAUUCAUGGAAUUGGCAUGGUGGCUUAGUGGUAAAAUCAUCCACCUCAUGAGUGAGAGGUUGUGAGUUUCGAUCCCUGAUCGGGUCCUACCAUAGGUAUUUAAAUCUGUGACCUUUUAGCUCUCUGCUCAACAUUCAAAUAUUUUUUAGAAAGGUAUGUUUUAGGACGCAUAGUAGAGCAGUGUCAUACAUUCUGUGUACCGUGAAUGAGCUUAUUUAAAAGAAUGCUUCUAUUUUAUUUUUCAACCGAUAUUGAUCCCGCACAGAAUUUGAAAUUUUGUUGCAAAAGAUUUCUCUGCUAGUUUAUAUGUAAUUUAUAUAAAUAUCACAAAAACAACUUCUUAUCCUUUAUUUUCUUAUUUUAUUCAUUUUUGUUUUAUCAGAACAAGCUCUGUGAGUACUUACACCAACCUGCUUUUAAAUUUUGUCUCAAAAUUAUUUAUGCUAAUUAUGUACUUUAUUUCAAAAUUGCACAAACAACAUCUCCUUAAUUUGUCCAAUCAAUUAAGAUUUUUACUUGUGCUGUUUGUUUCAUAUGGUAGAGCUCUAUGAGGUACACCUGAAUUUGACACAGAAUUAAUAAUUUUGUAUGCUUAAAAGUGAAUCCAAACCAAACAGAAAGUUGUAGUUAUAGAAAAGUGAAUAUCAAUGAAGCAAAGAGAAGAUAUAAAAAAACAGAGAAACUGUUAAUAAGUUAUGAAUUAAAUAGAAUAUUCAAAUUGCUAUAUUCUUUGGGAUUUUGAAUUUGCCAAGUAAUAUCAAUUAUGAGGUACGGUAGGGACAACUACUCCAUUUGCAUCAAUGACCGAAAUUCCCUUUUUUUCAGAAGUUUUUCCCAUAAUGUUAUUUUUCCUUUAUGAAGAGGAUAAUAUGCUGUAUGUGUUAGAUUUUAUUUUAGUAUCAAGGGAAAGGGUGCUUAGGAGAAAACUAAUAAUAAUAAUAAUCCGCUUUUAUAUAGCGCGUAAUAAAUCAGAACGACGUGUAUAAGUGCAUUACAGAUAUAUUAUUACACCAGUCAUCACAUUCAGUCGGUCAUUCCCACACACAAUGUGUGCACAUUCUUCACUCCCUGGGGAGUAUUCUGGUGAGGCGUGCACACAGUACUGGACAAGCUGCAAUGACUUUUACAUCCUACCUGGUUCCCAUUUAGCACCUGGUUGGAGAGAGGCAGAGUGUGGAUUAAGGGCUUGCCAAAGGACAUCAGACUGCGGUGGGAUUCGAACACACGACCCUCUGUUUGCAAGGCGAGAGUCAGAACCACUACAUCACGGCUCCUCCACAUAACUAACAAUUCAUGAUUAUGAAAAGUAGGAGAGUUGUCCUUACUCUCUAUCACAAUUCAGUAUUUAAGAUUCAUUUUAUUACAAUCUUUAUAGCUCUUUAUCAUAUUGCUAAUUUUGAUAUAGAAAUCUUUCUUUUUUUCAAAUAGCCAUAUUUCUUUUCCUUAUUUUUCUCCUUUCAUAUAUUUUUUUAUGAAAGGACUCCCUUUCUUAAGGCAACAUAUUUUUUUAGAGAGAUAAGGUAUGUGAAUACCUUGGGCAAAUUUGGGUUUUGGUAUUAUAAUAAUGUACAGUAUUUCACUUUUGGAUGAAUAAUUAUGUCACUUGUAAUUUACUGUUAUUGCGAUGAAUGCUUCAGUGUAUAAAGUUUUGUUCAAUUCUGUGAGCAUUUUAUUCUCUGUUGUAAACAUUACCAGGGUUUAUCUUUAAUGCACACAAGUACACAAACAUUUCAGUCACUCCCUGAAUAAGUCUACUGUUGAUGCAAGCAAAAACAAAUCAGAAUUUGUUGUAUAUUUUUUGUUCAUAUUUCAUUACUAUAACUCUGUUUGUUCAAGUUGAUGGAAGACAAAUUUAUGAUAUCUUUACCUCUUCCUCUCUGGUCAUUAAUAUGUCAAGGAUGAUCCUCCCUGUGACAGUGAGAACAUCAAUGAAUUUUUCUUAGUUUUACUUUCUUACAUGGAAGUAUGUUUAUCUGCAUGUAUCCAGAAUUCAUUGAUGUUUUCUUUUCACUAUUUGGAGAUGGGGAUUAAUAUAUAGACCAAUUUUAAAGGAGUAUCGCUGUUUGGCUGUCAAAUCGAGGUAUUUCAAAAUUUGGAGGGCAGCUCAGAGAAAAUAUUUAGGAAAUAUUGCAAUGGUUGCAGCCUCAUAAGCCCAAAUUCCCAAAAGUGGUUUUAAAAAAAUUGUGGGCUGAACCCAUGGUUUAUGCAGAUUUCCUGUAUAAAUUACGCUCAAUUUUGCUGCUUAUAUAAAAAAAAGUCCUAUGCUGAUGCACGCUUUUUGCAAUGUGUGUCAUAUUGACGCCUGGUUGAGCAUGCUAUUUUGUUCAGUGGACUCAUUAAUUAAAAAACAGUGGACUCAUGAAAAAAUAGCAUAGAAAGCCAUUGCAACAGGCAUCAAUUUUGCACACUGACAAAAGCGCGUAUCAGUAUUGGACAUCUUUCAAUAUAUGCGGUAAAUAAGCGUAAUUAAUAAAGGAAAUCUGCAUAAACCAUGGGCUCAACCGAUGGUUUUCAAAACUACCUUUGUGAAUUCAGGCCAUACUGUAUAAAAAAUAGUCUCCUAAUUCAUUUAGGUAACUGUUUAUGGUAACUCCCUUAGGAACUCGGCAGGACAGCAUUUUGCUGGUAAACGCCAAGCUGGUAUAUAACCAAUUACCUAGGAAACAUUUUUACGUCUAGGUUAAUCAGUCAUAUAGACGACAGAUAUUACUCUUGGGCCUUUUUAUCAAAGUGGAGACAAUGGCAGAGUGAAGAUUCGAACUCACAAACUUGCGAUUAUGAGUCCAAUGCUCUAACCACUGGACCACACGACCCGUGCUCGUUACUCAGACGAGAAGGUUGUCACUUAUCUCGUAAGUGUAAAAUCAAGCUUGCCUUGAGCCGUUCGAACUUUUUUUUUCAUUCUUAGACAUGUGGUUUUAAAGCGAAGUUAAAGUUUUGGUAUAGAAAUCUAAUUUUUAUAGGAAAUGGUUAGAAGCAAUCCUAAAGUGUUUGUCUUAUGCCACAAUGCUUGUUUAGAACAACAAAAUUAAAGCAAAAUAAUUCAGACUUGCUUGAAAUUAUAUUCAAUUCAGUGCUUAUAGCACAGGAUACAUCAUGUGGGAACACUAUUAACUGACAGGCAUUUUCCAGUCUUUUUCUGUCUGAUCUCCAUUUGCUUGUUACUCAGUUUUUACACAUUUUCUGAAAAAUCGUUUGGCAGGCCUAUCAUUUUUUAUUUUAUUUUUUGUAAGUUUUGUUGAAUUCCGUGAACAUUUUAUUUUCUUGUCGUUACCACAGUUUACCUUUAACUGCCUAUCAACAAUAUGUAUUUACUUGUAUUUUAUCAUAAAUACUACUUUCCCUAGACAUGAAAUCAAUUCAUUAUUUGGGUAUUAAAAAAUAUUUAUCAUUUAUGUUUUGCCUCGUUUAUUUUGAUGUAUAUAAUGUAAAUGAUUUUUUUUUUCUUUGAAAUGCACUAUUCUUCCACAUAAAAAUGUAAAUGUCUUUAUACUUAUAGAUGCAAAUAUGCUAUUGUAUUCUUUGUUUUUAUGAAUUUAAUAAAAGAGGCAUUGGUAAUGAUUUGUAAAUAA